AUGAGCACGUACCUUCAAUACGACGCUAUCUGCAAUGAACUUGAAGCCAUUAAGCUUCACGACCAUGAGUCCGCCGCUUACGGACUAUGGAACGCCAUUUUGGGUGUGCAGUUCCCGGUUGCCCAAGAGUACAUAGUCCGUCCCCAAGACCAGCAUGGCUCCCAGAGUGGUGCACGCGGCUUCUCGGAUCUUCACGUCGUCCAAUACCGCAACAAUGCUACCGAACCGGAAAAAUUCCUCAUCGUGCAAUGCAAGAGGGCUGGUACAGAAUCUCAGGGUGCUGUUUGGGAGGAAGCCGUCGAUCAAUUAGAUCGGUACUUACGCGCCACACAUGGUAAACGUGCCCCCGCGGCUCGCACCCCUGUUUACGGCAUAGCUGCAGUUGGCAAAUGGAUGCGCGUGUAUAAGUACGAUGACAUCAACCAGUGUGUUCUCAACUGGGCGCCACGACGUAUGCGCUGGAAUAGGUGGAAUUUGAAGAAAAACGAUGCCCAAGUCCAGCGUAUUCUGGAUGAGAUACUGAGGAACCACUAA